CAAGGGAAUCAUCGCGCUCCGGAAGGGUAUCCGCAGGGCUUGUAACAACGUGCCAAAGAAAGAAGAAAUACAUUCGUAAUUCUCAGCCCGUUGUUUGUCAAUGUUUGCGUUCGUUUCGGUUCCGUCUCGUUGCCGCACUUGCAGCCGUUUGCUGUCGUUUGAACGAAGAAAAAAUAGCAACGACCGCUGGUAACAGUGUACCCAAACUAGCGAACAUAUACACAGGAUGCCCUGCGAAAAGUGCAAUGUGAAGUUUGGCAUUAUAACGCGUAAAAAAUCCUGCUAUGAAUGCCAUCGACUGUUCUGCCGGAACUGUCUUUCGAAGCGGCAGGAUCGGUUCCUUUGCCCGAACUGUACCAUCUUCACCAAAAGGCCUCUAUCGCGCAUCGAUCUGGCCGCACUAAAAGUGAAAGAUCUCAUCUUUUACUUGCAGUCGAAACAUAUUUCCACAUCCGGUUGCGUGGAAAAAGACGACCUGAUUAAUUUGGUCAUUGCUCAUGUGAAUUCCGGUGGUAGUUCACCGCGCACGCCGGGGAGUUUUAGUGCCACAUCAUCCAACACGGAAUCGGCUUCCGGCGGAUCGUCACGCUAUGGAAGCUUCUAUCGAAACGGAACCAAAAACUGUACAAACACGUUCGAUCAGAUCAAAAAUACCUGCCAGAAUUUAUUUUCCACAUUUUCGGACAAACUUAAUGGAGAUGUUCCGGAGACUGGCCGUCCUAGCACCGGUUUUGCGACGCAAGAAGAACAGCGUCACAUAUUCACUCAGCCUCGCUUCGGCAGCAACAAUGUCUACCAUUCCGUCGAUCCAAGCGUUCAUUCAAAUACCGGCGCCAGUAACUUCCCUCUCCACACGACACAUCCCGAGGCCGACAAUAACCAAAGAGCGGAAGCACAAUACAAUGCAGAACAGGGAGAGCGGCCAGUACAUUUCAGCAGUGCUAGCAGUGGAACGACAAGUGGGGCUGAUUCCAGUGCCGCAUCUUCUUCGUUUUCAUCGCCCAGCCGCGAUGUUUCUUCGCCCCUAUUAGGCGACCAGCACCACUCGGCACCUAAUGGGCAAACGCAAGCCAUGCUGGACGAUCGCAUUGAAAGCAUACUGGCGCUAGAAACGGGCGGAACGGGCUGUGAGUGCUGUACGGAUGACGAAGAUGAGGAGCGAACCGGUGUAGCGAUUCCCAAGGAACAUGAUAUUGCUGCUAAAGGCGAGGAAGAUAUGCCACCAUGCUCGAAGCAAUCCCGGCGUAGCUUUUCGCAAUCCAAUCUGUUACCACCGCAGAUGGCGGGCCCGAGCGCAGACACAUCGGCCGCAACGACGAAAGUGGCAUCGCGGAGUCAAACUCCUUCGUCAUCCUUCGACGAUUUGCUGGCUGAUGCGGAAGGCAGCAGCAGCAAUGCGGAUCAAGCGAUCGCCCCAGAUACACUUGCCGUGACGACCGAUACAGACGCAUUGGCAACGACUGCGGCUUCGAUCGAUGAUACAGAACAGUGGCAGAUCAUCAAUACCUCGGACACGAACGGUGGUGGUACGCUGGAAGCGGCCACCAACAGUGAACUUCCGAUGACUGACGCAACGAAUGAGGCGUCCACGACCAACGAGGAUGAAGAGAGCACGGACAGCAUCAGUAACUCUGUAGAACUUAAAUCAAAACCACCUCCGACGGUGCCGGUGCUUGGCCACAGCCCUUCCGUAGGCUCGACGUCAACAAUUAUAACGCGCCGUAGGUCCGAUAGUUACCUGCUGUCGGAAUGUUACGCCUCGUUGCGUCAGCGCUCGCUUGGGACGGGUCUGAUCGAUGAACCACAGUCACCUUUAAUCCAUCGUGCCAGUACGACAAGGUCAUUGCAAACGACGGACGCGGUACCAAUGGUUUUCGCGUUGGGCGGUACACUUAGCAACGAUGCAAUGCCAACCACUAGUCAUGUGGUCAACCCUACCAGUACUGCCCAUGGUAUGUGCUUCCGUUGUGGAAAACGGCGAAACGGCAUUCGCCGGCAGUUGAAAAAGUUCCGCAAGCAACUGGACGCGGCUACCGUUACGGAGGUGGAAAAACGGCGCCAGCUGGAAGCGUUCCUUAAUUAUCUCGAGCGACGCAGCAAAGGUUCGUUCGAACUGACCGAUUCCGAGUCCAUCACCGAAGAAGCGAGCGUUAGCGCGGGGGACGAAGCGAGUGGUGUCACCGGAACUGCCGCGGAUGGACGUGGUACGGUCGGUAUUGGUGUGGAUGAUCAGCAUGCCUUUUCCUACCCGAAGCCACCGGAAGAAUUGCCGGUCUGUACCAAUCUGUACUCUUCUGGUAAUCAGGAUUUGGUCAAUAUGAAACAGAUCAAGCUGAGCGACAUUAAGGAAAGUGCGGAUCUAGAUGUGCUGUCGGUGAAGCAGUUGAAGGGUAUUCUGAUGGUGAACCGGGUCGAUUUCAAAGGCUGCUGUGAAAAGGCCGAACUUCGCGAACGGGUGCUACGGUUGUGGCGUGAUUACAAAUCUAUCCCAUCAAUCGAAAAACUUCCAUCGGACGAUUUGUGCAAGAUUUGCAUGGAUGCGCCCAUCGAAUGUGUGAUACUGGAGUGUGGCCACAUGACCACUUGUACCGCGUGCGGUAAGGUGCUAAGCGAAUGUCCGAUAUGCCGCCAGUAUAUCGUGCGGGUAGUGCGAUUCUUCCGAGCCUAAUAACCCUUCUCCCUCCCCACCCACCCUCCCUCCAAAUCGUCUCAGGGUAUUGUUUAGCAAUGGGGAAACAGGGGGAGCGUAUAUGAGUUAGUGGUGGUUUCCUUUUUAUUUUAUUUCUGCGCACCUCCUCCCAGUCAUGGCAGAUUCAAUGGCGGGCGGUUUUGUAGCGUUAUGAACGAACCAUGUUCUGCCCGCAGCGUUAUUUUAAUUUAAAAAAAAAAAAACAAUAUUUAUACUCAUGUUUGGGUUUGGUUUGUCACAGAAUGGAAUAUACCUUCUCGGUAGCGUAUCCAUUUGGUGGUAGACCACGUUGCGCCGGUUGGAGGUGUGCAAGCAAUCGACAAAUAAUAUGCAAUACAAAGACACAAUUUAAACAACGUCCCACAGCAGCCUACAUACAUAGUAACACGCAUACACGAGACGAACGAAAAAAAAAAAAGAAAACAUGUGAUCUAGUUAAUCUAGGAUAAAAAGCGCAAGUAAUAC